GUCUUCACAGAGCUGUGGCCCUUGAACAUGUGGUUGGCACUGAGUGGAGGGUGUUCUAGACCCUCAGAAGCUGACUCUGGAUUGUGUCUGGGACUCUUCUGCCACUCUUCAGCCCUUGACCUAGAGAGUAUAAGAAACCCUCAGUCCAAGGUUGUAAUUCCAGGCACAUUAUGUAAGGGCUCUGCAACCUUUGAGGAUGUGAGCAUUUCCUUUUCCCAGGAGGAAUGGGAGUUCCUUAGUGCAGCUCAGUGGCACCUGUACAUCCAUGUGAUGCUGGAGAACUUUGCACUUAUAACCUCCAUAGGAUGUCGACAUAGAGUAAGUGAUAAGGAGGCAUCGAUGCACAGUGUUUGUUUGGAAGAGGUGUCACACUUGAUGACUCCAAAGGCAAGUCCAUCCAACCUGAAGAAUCACCCGUGUGACAUCUGCGGCCUUUUCCUGAAAGGCAUUUUGCACCUGACUGCUCCAUUUGUGCAAAAACUGUACAUGACUAGUUCACGUGCAUGUCUUCCCCACAAGCAGUACACUAUAGAGACCCCCUUGAAGAGGGACAUGGAUGGGACUUCAUUUGAGAAGAACUGUGAAUUACUUGUGUCAGGGAAAUGGUUGAAUUGUGAUGACCUUUGGAAGGAUUUCCCAGUUUUUUUUGACCUUCUGCUGCCCCACGUCAUUCCUAAUGGUGAGAGACAAAGCAGUGUUGGGUUUGAGGACACAUUUCAACAUGGCAAAAGUUAUUACAAGUUGGUAAACUGCAGCAAAGCUUCCAGCCAUAAAAAUACCAUGUUUUAUAACCUGAGAGUCCACAAUAGAAAAAAUUUUUAUGAGUACAGGAAUUGGGACAAAAAUUUCCAUGAUGAGUGCUCACUUGAUCAACACCGGAGAGUCCAGAGUGGAGAAAGGCCUUAUGAGUGUAGAGAAUGUGGGAAAUCUUUUAAACAUAGAAAGUCCAUUAUUUUACACAAGAGAGUCCACACUGGAGAAAGGCCUUAUGAGUGUAGAGAAUGUGGAAAAUCCUUUAUACAUAGAAAUUCCUUUAUUGUUCAUCUGAGAGACCACACUGGAGAAAGGCCAUAUGAGUGUAGAGAAUGUGGGAAAUGCUUUAAGCAAAAAAAUGGCCUUACUGUUCAUCAAGGAGUCCAUACUGAAGAAAGGCCUUAUGAGUGUAGAGAAUGUGGGAAAUGCUUUAAACGAAAAGGUGCCCUUGCUGUACACCAGGGAGUCCACACAGGAGAAAGACCUUAUGAGUGUAGAGAAUGUGGGAAAUCCUUUAAGCGAAAAUAUGCCCUUACUCUACACCAGGGACUCCACAUGGAACAAAGGCCUUAUGAGUAUACAGAACGUGGAAUAUUCUGUAUACAAAGUGAUACACUUAAAGAACAUAAGAAAUUUCACACUGACAAAAGGCCUUAUGAGUGUACAGAAUGUGGAAAGUCCUAUAACAGAAGAAGUUGCCUUAUGAUACACCACCGAAUUCACACUGGAGAAAGGCCAUAUGUGUGUAGAGAAUGUGGGAAAUCCUUUAGAUCUGCUCAUUGUGUUACUGAUCACCAGAAAAUCCACACUGAAGAAAGACCCUAUGAGUGUGAAGAAUGUGGGAAAUCCUUUAAGAGAAAAAAUGACCUUAUUGUACACCAGCGAGGCCACACUGGAGAAAAGCCUUAUGAGUGUAGAGAAUGUGGGAAAUCAUUUAAACAUAGAAAGUCCCUUAUUAUACACCAGAGGGGCCACACUGGAGAAAGGCCAUAUGAGUGUAGAGAAUGUGGGCAAUCCUUUAAGCUAAGAUAUGCCCUUACUGUACACCAGAGAGGCCACACUGCAGAAAGGCCUUAG